GCAUCCUUAGCCCGGCCCAGGGACAAACCUCCUUCCGGGCGAUCCUUCGCGUGUGCCUCAGUCGUGAUCCAGACCUUGUGUGGAACAGGUAUCCCUACGUUUGUCUUCCUCUGUGGCCUGCAUAGAUAUUAUCUGCAUGGGAGGUCCGAUGAUGCGAGCAACACCUCUGGUGUUGACCUUGUGGGUGUUAGCGGGCUGUGUGUCAGGGCAAGGCGAUGGAGACUUCUGGUGGUUGAGGGACACGACGGAGGAUUCCAUUAAUGCAGCGGACUCCUCCCUUGGGGACCAACCUGCGUGCGAGUGCGUCAAGUACUACCUGUGCAUUAACGGCACCAUCAGCACGUCGGGGGUGGGCAUCAUAGAUCUCCGCUUCGGAGGCCGCAAGCCCACGCCCCCUCCUCGCAACCGCAACGGACCGCAGUGCCCCGAUCUUUACGACGUAUGUUGCUUCCCACCGACGCCUACCACGGUUUCCCCUCCGACGUCGACCCCUGCAUUGCCAACUCUGGCUCCGGACACGCCCUGCGGGUGCGUCUCCUUCGUCAACUGCACGGCGGAGCGUAUCGUCAGCGACGGCAAUGGAAAUACGUCGCUCGAAGCCUUCGGGAUCUACGUAUCCCAUUCCAAGUGCCCUCACGCGUUCACCGUCUGCUGCGCUUUCGAAGCUACCGAACCUCCUCUUGCUGCAGCGACGAGCUCCAGCCAUCCUCAUUGCGACUGCGUCGAUACCUUCAUGUGUGAUGCCAAAGGUACCAUCGUUACUUCAGGGUCGGGACUGCUGGACUUGCGAACGUUGUACCCUAAUCCUAAUCCAGACAUCAUCUGCGAAGACCAGAGGCAAAUCUGCUGUAAUCUGCCAGAGGCUGAGCGCACUACCGGCAUUGUCGCGGGAACCACAUUAUCAACAACGAUCCGCCCUGGGCCAAGGCCACACCAAACAAUUGGAAAGGUAGUGGAACCUUCGCCCAGUUGCGGGACGAGGAACACGCAAGGUAUUGCGGCUCGGGUGCUGGGUUUCCGCCAGGGGGAGAGUCAAUUUGGGGAGUUCCCGUGGGUCGUGGCCGUCCUGCGCCAGGAGCUCAUGAUGGAAAAGCCCGUGCAUCUCUUCGUCGGAGGAGGGACGCUCGUCCACCCAAGGAUGGUGAUUACGGCCGCACACAAAGUCGCCGGGAUUCGAGUGAACAAACUAUGGGCUAGACUCGGUGAAUGGGACACCCAGACGCAGCUCGAGCCUUACGAACACCAGACCAUCCAGGUAGAGGAGGUGGUCCUUCAUCCAGAUUUCAACCCGAGAACCCUCUUCAACGACGUGGCCAUAAUGAUCCUCCAGAAUGAAUUCGUGAGAGCACCGCACAUCAACCACCUCUGCAUGGCAAAGGAAGUUGAAGAAGUUGAUCCUGCCGGUUGCGUUAUCAACGGAUGGGGGAAGGAUAGCUUUGAGGACAAAGGCACAUAUCAGCUGAUCAUGAAAUCCCUGACGCUUCCACUGGUGGACUCUAAGCUCUGCCAGAGCCAACUUCGCACGACGCGUCUGGGACGCUACUUCGUAUUGGACAAGUCCUUCGUUUGUGCUGGAGGGGAGAAGGGAAAGGACGCCUGUACGGGAGACGGCGGUGGUCCGCUAGCAUGCCCUCGUAAGGAUGACCCCUCGAGAUAUCUGUUGGUGGGCAUCACGGCCUGGGGCAUUGGAUGCGGGCAAGAUGGCAUACCUGGCGUUUACGCCAACAUCCCAGCCAACUACGACUGGAUAGUCAAUCAAACAUACGGUCGCUAUCCAAUUACAACCACUACAACAACAACAACUACGACAACAACAACAACAACUACUACUACUACAACGCCUCGACCAAAAAUAACAACCGUUAAAUACAGAGAGGACUUCUACGACAUGUCAGGCAGGGCUGAUGGCUAUUCAUAUUACGAGGAUUUCGGUGACUAUAGGAGGAAACGACUCGAGAAAGAGAGGAGAAGGCAGGAGAGAAGGGAACAGAGAGAAAGAGAAAGGGAAGAGAGGAAACGAAGAAGAGAAGAGAGGAGAGAAAGAUUCAACGACCAGAGGACGGACAUAUGAAUUGCCUGAUGGGACCAGCUUUCAUACCACUCCAUCCGUGGAAGCACCUUAUCUAUACUCUUAUUAUUAUCAUUAUCAUUACUAAUUAAAUAAAGAGGAAGAAGAUGAAGACCUGCAUGAGACGAGAGUCGAAAGGUAAAUGUCAGUGUGAGUGUACUUGCUGGAGUGUAUGCCAAGGAUGCAAGAUGAUAAAAAAGUCAAAUCUGAUAAGUAUCUGGGAAACCGCGAAUAAAAAGUGACCGUAAGAUGAAGGCGCAAUGCACUGGGUCUCCCGGCUAUGUCUACUUGAGGGGAAUGAUCUUAAGGAAUGGAAAAGGCAAUAGUAUGACUUGCUGAAGGUGAAAAGUUGACCAAGAAGAAUGUAUGCAGGUUUGGUGAAAGAAGUCCUGCACUAGUCUAGGCAAAGGAGAGCGAGCCUUUGGCUCAAGUGCCAGAUACAUACCCUGGGUAUGCAUGGGGUAAAUGGUAGUUUUUUUAAAUGGCUGGAGGUUUUUAUGGUAAGAGUUAGGAAGCUGUAAGAACAUGUAUACAAAGAAAGUGAUUAAUCUUUUCUUUAAACCCACCGACAAGGAUUCAUUAAGCCUCUGUGGCUGAUAAAAGAAAUGAGAUGGAACAGUGAGAAACGUCAAAAAAAAGUUCAUUAGAUAAUAGGAGAGGAUACGAAUAAAAGUUGGAAUAAAUUACGUUUAUGAAUGAUGCCAUGUUGAUGAAGGAUAUUGAAAAAACUCUUAAAGACUUACGAGGGACCUGAACAGUUUGCAAAAGAAGGUUGAAAAUAAAUCUUAGAAAGAAUAACCCAAUGAAAAUAAAUAGUACCCAAGAAGAGAGAAGGAUAGAUGUUAGAAUGGAUGGUAUUUGGGAGUUACAGACGAUGGCAGAAUGAGAAUAUAUUGUGAAUCACUGAAGAGGUGAGUCAGGGAAACCAGAAGUUCUGGGGAAGAUGAAACAGAUUUUGAAUGAAAGCGAAGCGAAUGAAGAAUAGGAAUGAAAGUGAAUAUCAUUUGUUACGUAUGGAAGUUAGUAUGACUGACAGGAUAUUAAAAGCAAGGUCUGUAGACCUUGAUUAAAAGAACCUUUAUGCCCCUGAAACGCUAAAGUACUACGUGUGAUUCAAAGGUGAAUGGCGCAAUAAACAUAAACUAGAAGCUCCUGAAUGUCUUAAUGUCUUACGAAGCAACUUUCGCUUUGCGGAAGUUUUGUAGUACAUAGGGGCCCGUCCCUGAUAGAGCAGUUAAUGACUAUGUACGACAGUAAGUGGUUUCUUUUCUUCACAACAACCAUCGCCUCAGGUGACCAGCUGGUUUGUGAAGAAAAUGAACACCAUACAUUGAGGAUUGUAUUUUCCUUUUGUAUUGAAAAUUUCAUUAUGUUAAUGAAUAAGAAACCCAUUCUUUUCAUGGCGAAGAUUUCGCACAAAACAUCACAGGAAUCCCAGAGCGGCUGAUGCGCCUGUGACAGUCUGCCUGUUGGUACAUUAUGACGCUAGACCUGUCACAUUCCGUUGUCUAUGUUAUGUCUAGGUGUACGAACAUUGUAGCACGUAGUGUUGAGCAUGUUUAUGUACGCAAUAUAUAUAUACUGCACUUACAAUGAUCUUGGUCUUUGGUCUUUCUGGAGUGUAUUAUACAAGAUUCAGAAUGCAUAUAAAAAAAUUGAACAUUUUCAUGCCCCAGAGGAAUUAUCCCUUGAAAUAAACAAUGGAAACCCU